GCGGGAGCGCGCGCAGCUGGUGUCCUGGCAACCCCGGAACGCGUCUCCGCGCCGGAAGCCGGUGGCCCCUCUGCGCUCUCGCCCUGCGCUCCGGUUCCUGGCUCGUCCGGCGCCCGGCACUUCUGCCGCCGGUUGAGCGCCCUGCAGCAGAGAGCUGGAGAAGGUUCAAGAGAAAGGAGACUCCGACAUGACCACGGUGGAGAAGAGAGACAGUACUAAACACAGGGAUUUUCUGGAAUCUAAGAGAUGCUUUGCCAACACAUCCUCUGGCAGUAAGGUCGGCCCCUCCUCUUCUGUUGAAACAUGUCUUAGUGUGAGUGAGCCUCCAGGCCUCUGCAAAGUGUCCGUUCACCUAGACCUGGCUGCUGAUUUGGAUCUGAAAUCCUCCUCCUCACAUUCUGAUCACUCCUCUGAAACCUCAUUGCCUGAAGUCCCAAAAGAUAAAUACCCUGAGGAGUUCAGCCUGCUUAAGUUGCAGACAAAAGAUGGGCAGCGUCCGGAAUGGACAUUUUACCCGAGAUUUAGCAGCAAUAUCCACACCUACCAUGUUGGAAAGCAGUGUUUCUUUAAUGGCGUCUUCCUCGGCAACAGGAGAUCUCUGUCAGAGAGAAUGGUGGACAAGUGCUUUGGGAGGAAGAAAUAUGAUAUUGAUCCUAGGAAUGGAAUACCAAAGUUAACUCCAGGAGAUAAUCCAUAUAUGUACCCAGAACAGAGUAAAGACUUCCACAAAGCGGGAUCAACUCUCCCACCAGUGAAUUUCUCCAUAGUGCCUUAUGAAAAGAAAUACGAUACAUUUAUUCCACUUGAGCCUCUUCCACAAAUUCCUAUCUUGCCUUUCUGGGUGAAGGAGGAGGCCGACAGGCUGAAGAACGAGAUUAGAGAGGUUAAGGAGCUUGACAAUUGGCAACCAGCGUCCCCCUUGAUGCACAAUUUACUCCUUCCUGGUGGGUUAAAGAACUUUCAAAGAAUAGUGUAAAAACCGGAGGCAAGCCCAGAAGAGCAGGCUUUUGAGAGGCUUCGCGGUGGAGAGGAGAGAAGGCAAAGCCUCUCCCAGAGUGGAUGGUGUCCUUUACCCCAAUGUGGUCCCUUGGGCCCAUGUCACGGUCACGCAUCGCUGGUUGAGUGUGUUGGUUGAGCACUGCUAGUCUUGUAACGGAGCACAACCUUUAACACCGUGCCUCUAUCCACAGGUUCUCUGGAUUCCGCAAGACAAUCCUGAACAGAAACAGGCCCAUAGAACAUGUACUGACCGUAGUCUGGAGAGCCUCUUCCCAAUUGAUCGCUUCUGUCCGUGUGACUGCUGAAAUGUUUGACUUUGAUGAAUAAUCGCUGCGCUUCGCUCUUUUUAACUUUAUAUUUUAAAAACUUUCAAACUUACAGAAAAGUCAUGAGACUCAUACAAUGAACAAAUGCCUACAUGUCCUUCACCCAGAAUCUACAAUUGUUAACGUUUGUCAAACUUUGUGCAUUCUCUCUCUCUCUUCUGUCACUCUCAUUAUUUUGUGGAAUUAUUUGAUAAUGAGUGGCCGACAUCAUAACCCUUUGCUCCUACGUACUAUAUACUUCAGUAUGUAUCUCCUAAGGUCAAGGAUCUUCUCCAACAGUUGCAAUACAAAUAUUGAACUCAGGGAAAUUAACACUGACGCAAUUCUACUGGUAGACGACCCACCUUCAGUUUUAUUCAGUUAAAUUUAGUUUUCGAAGGAUGUUCUCAAAUCAAUGGUAAAAUGUAGACAUGGAGUUUUCAUUAAUUUGGUAAAAUUGUUCUCAUUUUAUUAAUACCAUUUGAGAUUUUCUCUACUAUUUGCUUGGUACAUGUCAGAAAAAUGUGAAGGCUGGAUCUCCGCAGGUAAUUCUUACCAUUGUCCUGCAACUCCAUUCCCCACUUCUAUAGCAUUUGUCCACACAGCCACGCAGGACGAGAGCUCAAUGAGGACCAGUCCUGAGUCUUAGGGCCUUUCAUCAACCAGGAAAGAAGCAAAUAUUUGGAGAAAAAGAUGGGAACAAAAGCCAACCAUAUACAGUCAGGCUCUGACCCUCUGCAGUCUAGCCAGUGACUCAGCAUCUUCAUAGCCAAUCUGCUCUACUAAGGAGACCCUGCUAGUUGGCUAAUGAGGGCUGCAGGUCUGGUCUCCCCAAACCUGAUAGUGGAAAGAGAGAAUUGGGGUCCAGACUGACACUCAAAAUGCCCAAGACACAAGAUACGAUUUCUUUCCCUGUCAAAGCAUUGUCUCUAGACAUAGCCGAAGUAAAUGAAGCAGGUUUGGACCACCGUACACCCAUGCUGACUUCAUACUGGCCUUUGGACCAACUAGCAGAGAACAUGGUGGUUCUACCACCAGCAACUGUCUGACCACUCCUUGACCUAGCAUCAGCUUGCCUCCAUGCUGAUUCUCUUGCCCCUGGGACACAAAGCUCACCCCUAUCCCCAACAAAAUCCAGAAAAGAAAAUAAAACCAAGUAAUUUAGAAAAGGAAAGAAAAAAGAGGUUGCCAACAGAUUUUCUCAAAUAUAUCCACUUCUGAAAAAAAUAAUUUUUUGUGCUUCCAUGACUUGAAAUAUAAAAAAGUCAGUUCCAGUUGCCUGUGCGGAUGGACAGUGGAGAACACAAUAUAAAUGCAGAAAGUGAUUCUUCAGGAAUUUCCAGAUGGGAUUAUCUAAGCGGAACAGGAAACUGCUCUCAGAGGGGACUCUUGCGUUUUGGAAUGAAGAAGUCCUACACAGUAAAGGUAUGAAG